AUGGACUGUGGGUCUCCUCUGGCAGUCAAAUAUAGGGCCUAUUUCGGUGAGGGCAGCGAGCAGGUUUGGUUGGACGAUGUUGAGUGUGUCGGUAACGAGAAGUCCAUUAAUUCCUGCCAACACAGAGGUUAUGGAGAAAAUGACUGUAGUCAUGCUGAAGAUGCUGGUGUCUUAUGCUCAGAAAAAGUCCGGCUGGUCAACACGACAAACCGGUGCUCCGGCCCACUAGAGGUCUUCCAUGAUGGCCAGUGGGGGAGAAUUUGCAGUAGUGGGUGGAAUAUGAAGGAGGCUGUUGUGGUGUGUAAUGAGCUGUUUUGUGGGAAACCCGAUUUGAGACAAAUUCAUAACUUCAUUGGUGGCCAUGGACAAAGAGCGUAUACAAGCAGCUGCUCCGGCACCGAGUCCUCUAUUUCGGAUUGCCCGCUCCGGCACAACUCAGAUGGAUGCGAAAACGUAGUUGUUACUUGUACAGGUCUCCCACAGUUAAAGUUGACCAAUGGCACGGAUAAAUGCAGCGGUAGAGUGGAAAUCCUGCAUGACGGCCAGUGGGGAACGGUGUGUGAUGAUCACUGGGACAUUAAAGACGCUGAGGUGGUAUGCAGAGCUUUGGACUGUGGAACAGUUCAGGCUGCUAAAACUUCAGCUUUCUUUGGUAGAGGCUCUGGAGAGAUCUGGCUGGACGAUGUUGAGUGUUUGGGUAAUGAGACCUCCCUCGGUCACUGCCAACAUUCCUCAUAUGGGGAUAAUAACUGCGGCCAUAGCGAGGAUGCUGGUGUGGUGUGUUCAUCCACCAUCAGACUGCUCAAUGGGAGUGAUCACUGCUCAGGCAGAGUGGAGGUCAACCGCGAUGGCCUGUGGUCACCACUUUAUGCUACCAACUGGGGAUUGAAUGAAGCUGAAGUUAUGUGCAGGGAGAUGAACUGUGGAGAUCCUAUCAGGGCCACGUAUGAAAAUGUCGAAAACGUCGGAGUGAGAGGGUAUACGGUCAGCUGUAGUGGCAGGGAGCUUACAAUUGCACAGUGCUCAAUGAGGGAAGCCGUCAGCACCAGCCACAAUCGCAUUGGAGAAGCAAAAGUUGAAUGUUCAGGUGCUGUCAAGUUGGUUGAAGGUUACAGUCAAUGUGACGGAAAAGUGGAGUUUUACCACAACAACCAGUGGGGCACUGUGUGUGGUGAGUCGUGGGACUUAAUGGAGGCCUCCGUGGUGUGCCAUCAGCUCAAAUGUGGGCACGUUCACAAGGUCACCCAGAUACCCCACCUUGGCCAUGACAGUGAAAAGCUCUGGAUUGAUGAAAUAAGUUGUCGUGGACGCGAGUCAUCACUUACUGAGUGCGCACAACGUGGAUUUGGAGAUAAUACUUGUAACCGCACCUUAGUCGCAGGUGUUGUCUGUUCAGAUUCUUUGGCGGUCCGGUUGGUCAACAGUAAUGAUCAGUGCUCUGGUAGAUUAGAGAUCCUCCAUGCAGGCCAGUGGGGAACAGUGUGUGAGAGACACUGGACCAUGGACAAAGCUGAGAUGGUGUGUAACUUGUUGGAGUGUGGAAAUGCUUCCAUUUCCUCUGGCGGUGCACAGUUUGGUCAAGGCACCGGGCCGAUUUGGGAUGCAAGUGAUUUAUGUUUUGACAAUGGGACGUCUUUCAAAGAAUGCUCACUCAAGGGAUUCAACAGCAUAAAUUGUGGCCAUGAAGAGGAUGUCGGGAUAGUUUGUGCAGAGAAACUUAGACUCGUCAAUGGGAGGAGUGAUUGCUCUGGCAGAGUAGAGCUCUUCCACGACGGCAUUUGGGGAACGGUGUGUGAUGACGACUGGGAAAUUUCAAAUGCAGAAGUGGUAUGUAGGCAGCUCGGCUGUGGUCAACCUCUUUCUGCUCUCAAAGAUGCCCACUUUGGGAAGGGCAGUGGUCCAAUAUGGCUGGAUAACGUGGUGUGCACUGGCCAAGAGAGCGCCCUCACACAAUGUUCACAUUUCGACUUUGGAGAGAAUAACUGCGGCCACGGUGAAGACGCUAGUGUUAUCUGUUUAGGCACUCCACCAAAACCUCAGAUUGCCAUGAAUCCUGGACCAGAGGUAAGCUUUGGGGACAAGAUGGAAAUCAGUUGCACUAUGAUGACCGAGCAUUUGGGUGGAACAUUCACCUUGCAAAAAACUUCAAGCUCAUUCAAAAUGGAAAGAUACUCAGAUAAUGAGGCCACAGUCUUCACCAUCCCUAAAGUGGACUUUAGCCACCAGGGUUCCUACCACUGCUCUUAUCGGAAGAGAUUGGCCACUCAAACUAUCGCCUUUCCUCCAGGGAAUUCAGCGGAGCUCUCUGUCAAAGUGACGCUGGAGCAGCCAACUAUCUCCCUGACGUCCCCUAAUGCAAUGGUGAUGUUCAGCCCUGAAAACGUUGAGGUCAAAAGAGGUAGCAGGUUCUCCCUGACGUGCUCCAUUCAGUCCAAAUAUCCCGCCGGUUUCUUCCACCUGACCAAGCUGAACGAGACUGCGCGGGAACCGAAGCCGGCGUUCAGCCACUCCAUCUUCUUUCUGGCUUACUUCACCUUUCCUAGUGUGAACGAUCACGAUCAAGGCGAUUACAGCUGUGUCUACACCGUCAACAUCUCCACCAUGUUCUUCACUUCUGUCCCCUCGAGGCCACUCCAAGUCAUGGUCACGGCCUCCUCCCUCCCCUCAGCCAUCUCCGGCGCCGUGGGUGGGCUGCUGCUGCUGCUCCUCCUGUUCUUCGUCGUUUAUGUCGUGUGGCGGAGGCGGGAACAGAGUGCCCGUGCCAUGGUUAGGUUUAGCAACCGAAUUGGAGACGUGAUAAAGAAAGAGAAAGACGAGAAAGAGGACGGGGUACUUGACGGCAGGGACUACAACACCCUGGAGAAUGAGUACGGCAACGGUCGCAGUACGGAAGACAGGGGGGCUGACGUGGCUUCUCAUCAAUCGGUUGACAGAAAUGCCACCGAGGACUUGACUGGACGAAUUUGCUACGAGCUUGAGCCGCUCAUUCACUCAUGACAACCGAAAUGAUGACGUCACCAUCACACCGAAGGAACCUGUGUCGUUCGUGUAUUGUAAUGUCACCUAUUUGGAGAUGAUAGGACAGAGAGGAAGAGGAAGAGCCUGUUUCCAGUGUGUUUAUAAGUUAAGGUCCAGGCGCUGUUUCCAUCAAUAUUGUUCAAAUCACGAAAACGGCAUCCAAUAGUUGCUGUUUUUUGUGUGUUUUAUUAUUAUAAAAAAAAUAGAAAAAAUUGUUUGUGAAAAUAUAUUACUCAAAUUAUACGUAUAGCGUAAAUGACAACAUUGAUUUUUGAGAUAACAAAGAAUGUAUGACCAGUGAAUAGCCUAUGCAUGGUGGACAUUGCAUGCACCACAUGAUGUUGGACAGUUUGUUGGGACAUACACUACCGUU